AUGCGGUACCUCUGGUUUCUACUGCCAGCAAUUGUAAUCUCCUACAAUGUCGAUGACGACAUGAAUUGGAGUACUCUUGUUGUUAUGGAUGCGGAGGUAACACUACACUGUAACGAUAGUGUUUCCAUGAUACAGCAGGGUGAAAUAGGACGAUGGACAAUACCAUCCAAGGAAGUACUGCCUGACAGUCACAAUGAUUCACACUUUCAAGUACAAUCUAUGUAUGGAAUUGAGGGAUACGCCCUCCUGGUCAAGAAAGUCAAAUCAGAAAGUCAGGGCAUUUACGUAUGCAUUAUCUACAAUGGCGAUGAACCUCGUGACCAGGUGGUACGACUGGUCAACUACAAUGGGCCUAAAUACGAAAACAUGAGUGAGAAGUACGAGACCCACGUCAUCAUUGCCGUCGUGGCUACGGCAACUUUUAUAGGCCUUCUGCUUAUCGUCUGCCUCACGUACCGCUUCCGGUAUCGGACAACAGAAGAGAAAAUGUUCGCGCACAACUUCCGGGACCAGCCUAGUAAUGGGAAAAGUCGAACAAUCGCUGACACCGUCAGCGCCCCGGAAGGAAAGUCAGCUUAUGACAAUCGCGCACUGAAUUCAACUAAUCUGUAAACAUGUGGUGCUUAACGAUUUACGACAAUUCCAUUCAUAACUUCGUUAUUGAAAAGUUGUGCAAAUAAUUUAAAUUUGUUUACAACUACCUAUGUCAUAGACCAUGAAAAUAAAUUCUUGUUCUUUAAGAUAACAAAACAUAUACACGAAUAUAAGACGCAUGAAGGAUAAUUUUAUCAAUAGCGAAAUUAUGGACGUAGGUUAAAAACCUUUAUUUCCAUAUCAACAUAUCAAAGAAAAUAUAA